AUGCUUGAAUUUAAUCAUAUUUCUGAAUCACACCAGAUGAUUGAAUUUAACGUAUGCCUUAACAUUCAAGUUAUGAAUAAUCAAUCACCUUAACCAACAAUAUUUUCUAGAAUGAUUUUUUAAUAUUUUACUUUAAUCCCUACAUUUUUGAUCUUCCUGAUAAACAACACUAAAGAAAAAGGAGGCCUAAGCAGUUUUCUCGCUCCUUAGCCAACAAUGAUCCAAAUCCUAUUGCUGAUAAUUUAUAUGCAAACGAAUAGACUGAGAACUAAAGAAUUUGGGACAAUUUAAAAUCUCAAAUUUAAUAAAUGGUUAUUAUCAAACUCAAUUAGAAUAAAUUAUUAAAUAUGA